AUGCCAUAUGCUCUUAGAUCCGCGUCGCGCUCAGUCCAGAAUUCACCUUCAGUAGGUAGCAAAAACAGCGCGUUGACAGUUGACGACCUUGAGAGCACGACACCAUCUGCAACACCACGCAAGGUGCCCCAAUGUUCAAAAUGUAAACGACCGAGGGCGGGACAUCCACGGUCUGGAUGUCCCUUCACGGAAUCGCCGACGAGAGCACAGGGGGCGGAAAAUAGGGGGAACACACUGGAGAGGCAUUUAUCAGACGCGUUGGAAUCUAUGGCAAUCGCAUCUCCUGGACGCGCCCUAGAGCGCGAAAGUGAAGAAGAGGCAAAAACAUUCAUCCGCAAUCGCCGUCGCCUCUCUGCACAACCACCAGUUAACCAGAGCGACAGCCUCCUCUCUCUUUCAACAAGUUCGAGCGAAAUUGUAGCGCGCCUACUUGAACCAGGGAUAUUUGGUGACCGGGAUGAAGAAAGUGACGCAGAAAGUGGCAAAACAGCUCGGAUAGUAAGAUGGCAGGAGACCAUUGCAACCCCUUCGCCGGUCCGGGACAAGUCGAAAGGUCCUCGAGCUACAAUGCCAGGUACACUCAUUCCACCUACGCCCGCUUCCAGUUUCACUUCCAGCUCCACUCCACCGACCAAAGAGGAGGAAAUCAUUUCCGCGGACCUUUCCUAUAUCAGCGAUCCUUCGCACUUAACCACCACCGAGAGCCUGUCAAGCCACCGCCCACCAAAUGUUGUACGGCAACCCCAACCACUUGGCCGCACUAUGAGUGCAGCAGAACGCGAUAUUUUCGUAUCCAAACUAUCCGAUGGUGCCGCUGCCACCAUCUACAUCAUCCCAAAGGCAGAUGUAGCGGACGUAGUGGCAAAGGCCACUUCGCUCAAGUUCUCUACAGCCAUAAGUAUGAGCGACGACGAAAACGAUCCACAAGCACUUGUUAUUCUUGGACGUAAUGAAAGUGCGGUAGAUGAGCUUUUCAAGAAAAUAGAAAAGGAAAAUCGAAAGGCAUAUCUAAGUGCAAAGGCAAAGGUUGCAGCCGGUCAGGGCGGUUCUACACUCAAAUCUGCUGCUGGCGCGGCGGUUAUAGGAGCAGUUACGACCUGGGCAGGGUUAGCCUUUUCGUAG